AUGUCUAGUAACCACUUCAAAGGAAUUUUACCAUCAGAUUUCUUUGUGAACUGGACUGCAAUGUUCAGUCUAGCGACUGAAGCUGGAGAUCAGUCUAACGAAAAAUACAUGGGUAGCGGCUAUUAUGUUGCUUCAAUGGUUUUGAUUAAUAAAGGUGUUGCAAUGGAGCUAGUACGCAUCCUAAAAAUCUUCACAGCGAUCGACGUUUCGGGGAACAGAUUUGAAGGAGAGAUACCAAAGACCAUUGGUUUAUUGAAAGAGCUUCAUGUGCUCAACUUUACAAACAACUCUUUCACCGGGCAGAUCCCGUUAUCAAUGGGAAACCUGGCGGAGCUAGAGUCACUGGAUGUUUCCCAAAACAAAAUUUCUGGAGAAAUCCCGCAAGAGCUAGGGAACCUCUCGUACCUUGCUUACAUGAACUUUUCUCAUAACCAGCUUGUAGGUUUAGUACCGGGAGGCACUCAGUUUCGCACAAAGCCUUGCUCUUCUUCCGGGGAAAAUCUGGGACUGCAUGGUCCUUUACUUGAUGAAGUUUGUGUUGAUAUCCACACAGCUACAUGGAAACAAUCUGAAACACCAGAGCUAGAGGAAGAAGAAGAAGAAGAAGAGGAAGAACAAGAAGAGAUGCUAAGUUGGAUUGCAGCUGCAAUAGGAUUCAUACCAGGUGUUUUCUUUGGAGAAACAUACUUGUUUCCUACAAACCAGAGUGGCUCAUUAACCUUUUCGGCCUAA